AGGUUACCUAUCUAAGGUCAACGGAUUACACCUCGUUGUUUCAUUCUGUCAACAUUUGAGUUAAGUAUUCCCAAAACGUUAGAUCAGUCGCAUGAAGAAUUUUCUUCAAAGAGUGUCCCAAAAAAAUGUUUUCCAUUUUCUUGAUAAUUUUGUUCAUUUUAGUACUAUUCAGAUGGUUUACAGGAAAGAGAUCUGAUAAUGUGAGUUGCCUUAUUGGUAAGACCGCUAUAGUUACCGGAGGAAAUGAAGGAAUUGGUUUCGCAAUCGUACUUCUUCUAGCAUCAAGAGGAUGCAAAGUCAUCAUUGCAGAUAAAGCUUCUGCGGAAACAUCAGUAGAGAAAGCAAAAAAAUUAACGAAAAAUAAUGAAAUAUACUCAAGACAUCUAGAUUUAUCUUCUUUCGCUUCGAUAAGAAGCUUUGCCGAAGAUAUAAAAAUGUCUGAAACCAAAAUAGAUAUUCUAAUAAACAACGCUGGAGUUAAUGCCAUAAAAAGAUUCAUAACAGAAGAUGGAUUAGGCUCAACGAUGCAAAUAAAUUAUUUUGGUGCUUUUCUAUUGACUCAUCUUUUAUUAGAUACUCUGAAGGCUGCAGAACAAGCCAGAAUUAUAUUCGCCGGAUCCAUUUUCGCAUUCUUCAAUAAUCUGUCUGUGGACAAUUUAGAAGGAACAGACAUGAGUUCUCAGUUUGUAUUCAAAGCAUAUUGCAAUUCCAAAUAUUGCAAUAUAUUCGCAGCUCAAGAAUUUGGAGAAAGACUGAAAAAUACCAAUAUCACAGUUUACGCAGCGGAUCCAGGAGUAAUAAAGACGAGAAUCUUCGAAUACAAGACUAAAUAUACCAUUCAGCGCUUUUUGAAGACACUUUUGCUCUGGAUUUUUGGGAGUGAACCUAUGGUAGGUGCACAGACAGCAUUCCAUCUAGCAGCUAGUGAAGAAAUGAAGGGAAAAACUGGCGAAAUCUAUGUCCUAUGCAAACCUUGGACAAAGCUUUGGAAUAUGAGAGAUCCGGAAUUUUCUAAACAAAUUUGGGAGAAAAGUGAGAUACUCGUGAAACUGAAACCGAAUGAAAGAAUAUAAUAAUGGGAAAUA